UGGUCUAGUUAUCACACUGGUGUUUAUUGUAGUGUAGUUGAGUUAUCACGUUACCUGAGUGCUUGUAAUAUUAGUAUCACCUUGCAUAUACCCUUGACUUUCGUCAGAGAAAUCGGUAGAAGAAAGAUAUUCUCUCAUCUUGCAUAAUGGCGUAACACCCAGGAAUCCAAGAUGAAUUACAUCGGCCGUCUCUUCUCCAACGUACGCGGUUAUUACAAUGAGAUCAACUCCGCAACGCUCACCGGCGCCAUCGAUGUGGUGGUGGUGGAACAAGAAGAUGGCUCGCUGAUAUGCUCGCCGUUCCACGUGCGUUUCGGCAAGAUUGGCGUGCUCAGGUCACGCGAGAAAGUGGUUGACAUUGAGGUGAAUGGCCAGGGCGUGGGUCUACACAUGAAACUUGGUGAGGCAGGGGAAGCAUUCUUUGUCGAGGAAGCAGAAGACACGUGCGAGGUACCAUCUCACCUGGCCACCUCACCCCUGCCGCCAACCGCCGAACUCAUGCGCGAGGGCGUCGAAAAGUUACACAGAGAGGUCAAAGGGGAACAGGAACGAAAAUACAGCGUGGCGGAGUCAGAAAUCAGCACAACGUCUAGUCAGCAUUCUCAAAAAGAAUCCGAAUCGAGUUUAGAUUCGAAACAGGACUCGGGGCAGUAUUCAGAGUUUAGGCCGAUUUUUCAUGACGGUGCAAAUGCAAUCAAUCAAGGCAUCGCACGACCUAGAGUCGUGAACUCGAAGUCGAUGACGCUGGACAUUUUGAAAGCGACGUCUUCGCAACAUGUCGGAGGCGACUCUGACGACGAGACGGAAAAUUCUGGAAAUAAAAAACCUCGUCGGACGAAAAAACGGGUCGGGAGUAAAAAGCGUAAAAAUCGCAUGAACCAUCAGGAGAAGGUGACGGGGGAUUUGUCAUCCGCUGUGGAGAGUUCGUCGUCGGAUGUGCGAGUACCCUGUGAUAAUCACGAGGAGGGCGUAUUUGAGAUGGACAACGAAGAUGAUAUCGCAACGCCCGUCGUGAACUUGCCACGCACCAUCAGUCUUCCGAUCAUCGAGGAGAAUAAGAUGGAAAUGACGGAGGGCUGGGCCUCUAGUCAGUACGUGUCGGCGUUUCAUCCAUUCAGCGAUGGCGAUCUGACUCCUAUUGUGAGUCCUGCUGGUUCAAGACCUUCCUCGCCGAAGAGCGACACUGAGUUUGAGAAGCAGAAGUGCGUCAACGCCAAGGUCGAUGAUUCACUGGGCGGUAGCGACGUCAAGUGGCAGUGGGGGGAACUACCAGAGCUAGAGAAACCCCUGGUGAAGAAAGAUACAGUUAUUGAGGUGCAGACGGAGGAGGAAAAGAAAGCCCAGCAAGAACGGGAAUCGACCGGCGGGUUGUUCCAGUUCAUGAGGAAGACGAAGAAAAUACGUCACAAUCCCGAACACGAGGGGAUCUACUUGGACGACUUGAACCUCGAGGAGAUGGACCCUGAGGUGGCCGCCCUCUAUCUUUAUCAUCCGAAAGGUGCCGCUUACCAACCUCACCCGCCCAAAGAUGAGGAUAGUGAGUCUGGGCGUGGUGCAUCGCUGCCACAAUCUCCCGUCUCUAUAGAGGGCGCUAAAUCUAGUUACGAAUACGAUUCAGUAGAAAACAAACAAUCCGCACUGGACGACAGUGGCGAACAUCUUGCAAACUUGGCCAUGUCACUGUGCGGUGGUCUGAAAGAGUUCGAUGGCGAGAUGCCUCUGGAGAGGUUCAUGCAGGGCCUUGUCACGUACGAUGAUUUCUGCGAAAACCCCAAUCUUAUCAGCAAUCCUGAUUUGGUGCUUAGAAUUGGUGAAAAAUAUUACAACUGGCCAGUAGCAGGGCCUAUGAUAAUGUCCUUGGUCAUGUACCAGAGACCACUGCCCGAGGGAUCGAUUGAGACUCUGGUCAAAGCUCACUUCCCGAAGAAGGAGCGUCAGAAGCGCGGUAUGUCGUCAUGGUUCUCGUGGCGGUCCCGCACUGAUCAGGACGCCAUCGCCACAGGAGAAGGAGCAUCUAAAAAGGAGAGAGAGACCGGCGAUAUCAGUCAGAGCCCCUCAUCCAGUAUAAUGUCAUCACCUCCCGAUAGUCCACAGAAAACUAAACUCGAGGAGAAGAGGGCCGGACCAGAAGAUGACGGCACAUCGAGUGAGACAGACUCAUCAGAGAAAGAUCUCGUCCUCCAGGUUGGCCAGGUUGCUCAGCAUCACCUGAGAGAGAAGUACAGGAAGGCCGUUAGACUGUCGUCAGAACAGUUGCGUGCGCUGAACCUCCAAGAAGGUCGUAACGAGGUCACAUACUCUGUGACGACGGCGUAUCAGGGAACGACCAAGUGUACCUCGUAUAUUUACAAAUGGCGCUACGACGACAGGAUCAUCAUCUCGGACAUCGACGGCACCAUCACAAAGUCUGAUGUUCUUGGGCAACUCUUGCCAAUGGUCGGAAAAGACUGGUCACAGACUGGUGUCGCACAACUCUUCACCAACAUCGCCAACAACGGCUACAAGUUCCUCUACCUCUCUGCGCGUGCCAUCGGUCAGUCGACCGCAACCAGAUAUUACCUCAAUAGCAUCAAGCAGGGCGAGGUGCAGCUUCCCGACGGCCCGCUGCUACUAUCGCCGAGCUCUCUCAUUAGCGCUUUCCAUCGGGAAGUUAUUGAGAGAAAACCAGAAGAAUUCAAGAUCGGCUGCCUGCGAGAUGUGGCUGCCCUCUUCCCCAGUAGCCGCAAUCCAUUCUAUGCCGGCUACGGAAACAAAAUAAACGACGUGUGGGCAUACCGGGCAGUCGGCAUCCCAAUCUCGCGCAUCUUUACGAUCAACCAUCGCGGAGAGCUGCGUCACGAGCUCACCCAUACAUUCCAGUCCUCUUACACCAGUUUGAGUGAUAUCGUCGACCACCUCUUCCCAAACUUACAUGUCUCAUCAGCCGGCAAAGCGACAAAGUUCUUCGCCCCUGAUCAGUUUAGUACAUUCACAUAUUGGCGUGACCCUAUUCCUGAAAUUGACAUCAUUGCCGAACUAGCAGUGACGUCUGCGCCGAAAAGGAAACAAUCGACAGAGACCAAGGUGGAGAAGAAAUGAACAGUUCCGAUGAAAAUUGUGGUGAAAGUGUUAUAACUAUAUGAGUGGAAAGACUAGUGUGACUGCUCCUAGGAAGGUAUGACUGUGAACUGGUGCUCACGUCAGAGCAGAUUCAUUUCACUUUGUUGCUGUAGUGUUGACAUCAGUCUAUUGCAGACGUAUCAUCUGGACUGGAUGUGGCGAGGUGAAGUCACAUCCUCAUCUUGUCAUAUCAUGUCGUGAUGAGGAUGUGACUUCAUAAUCUUUUUGCAACCCAUCAAAGUUGGGUUGAGGUACAUGUAUGUAGAGAGUGAAAAUCAGGGUACCUGAUUGUCAUUUCUUGUGGAAUGGCUCUAAAACUUUGGAGAAUAAGAGUGAGUUUUGGCUUUUCAGAAAAUCACAAAUAAAAAAAUUGCUCCUGUAGACAGAGGUGUCAAUUUUAUGUAUCAUAGACCAUAAUUUCUGAUGCGGUUGUAUGUACAAUGGAUAAAGAUGCUUUAAACAGGCAUGAAGUUUGCACAUGCCAAGGCUGCCUAUUAAGAUGUACCUGCUGUCAUAAAAUUAAUUGGCAUGAGGUCUUUUGAGUAGUACGCUUGGUGAUAAUCUAGUACUGUGAUUUAUUCUGCUUUGGUAUGGGGGUGGGGGGAGGGGGGCAGUGGCUGCAGAAUUUCUGGCUUUCAUGUCAGAUGUGAUCAGAGUUUUAUGCCUUAAGCUCGUUUUGCAGACAAGCAAUAUUUGACGCUGUGAUGUGCAAUUAUGAUCGCAUGAUCUCGUCUGCAGUCGUCGCAAGUGCCGGCAACAAGACUUGGGGAUCACUCCAACCUGGGAUCAGUAUCACACCCGGCGAUUACCAGUUUUACUCGCAGACAAGUGAGCUUUGAUUGUCGCAUGUCACAGUGAUAAAAAUUGCACGUUUGCGAGACACUUCAAAGGUGGUUAAAUGGUUAUGGCAGGGGUGGCUUGCUUCAGAAGAAAGUGUGAGAAUAAGGGCAUUCUUUGGUUUCAAAUACCACUCACAAAGUGCUUACAUUUGUUCACUAAAUCUAGAAAAAGGUUUGUUAAUGAAAUUGUGUAUUUUGUGUACCCUGUAUGAAAAUAUUUUUCAGAUUUUCUGCGAAAUUGUUGUGCGGUAAACAAAUUGUUGUCGAAUUGAGACUGAUUGUGCUCAGUCGCCGGUGAAUCUAUUCCAGUUUGAACCAGAAGAGUGGUUUUGGAUAAAUCUGUUAGAAAAAAAGUGGAAAUUUAUUUUUUGAUUUGAAACCCCCCUUAAAAUUGUGAGCUGCAAUAAUCAAAAUUUGCUAAAAUGUAUAGCACUUAGAAAUUCGGUUGUCUACAGUAUGUGAAAAGGAAAAUAUCAUUGUGUGGAGAUUUUUCACUGAGUUUUUGCAAAAAAAUGUGUUCAUGUGUAUAAAUCAUUGUAAAAAAGUAAUUUUCUAGUGUCGUGGACAACAUACUCAAAAAGUAUUAAAAGAACUAAACAGUAGAAUAAGAAGGUACCAUUAAAGUAUAGCUUUAAACAGUAGAAAAAUAAGGUACCAUCAAAGGUGUUACUCUAAACAGUAGAAUGAUAAGAUACCACAAAAGUGUAAACUUUAAACUGUAAAAAUUGAUAAGGUACCAUAAAGGUGUAACCUUCAACAUUAGAAAAAUAAGGUACCAUAUUAAAAGGUAUAAGUUCAAACAGUAGAAUAAUAAGGUACCAAAGAAUAACUUUAAUCAUGAAUCGGCAGAAUGAUAAGGUACCAUGAAAACAAAACUAAAAAAAGUAUUUUACGACGCGGCUGAUUGUGGACAGCUGAUGGCACUCUUGGUGAAGAGGUAGAAUUCAAUGGAAAUAACUGGUUUGGGACCAGCUGCAGUGUCUUUAAUAGAGAGGGUGUACUUAAUAGAGAGGUGUCCGCUAAGGGAGGUUCCACUGUACUUGUGGUGAUAUAUUGCAGAAUAUAAGAUGCUAUUAUCGGCAUUCUUUCCCAUUUGAUGUUAUGCGUGUGAUGUAAUAUUGACGUUUAAUGUAGUGACGUUGUCUGCUACUUUCUUUGACUAUGUGAUGGUUGCGACUACCAUAUUGACAUGAUUGUGCCUUGUUAUAGUUAUGUUCAGGUUCUUGAGUUGUGGUCUAGUGGCUCAGACACCCGACUAGUACUCAAGAGGUCCCUGGUUCAAUCCAAUCUCCACAGUCUUAGUGUGACUGUAGGCAGGUUUCUCUUUUCUGACUUGCCUUAUCCCAUUCUGUAGAUACAGUAGAACCCCUCUAUUAUGGACACCCUCGGGACUGACAAGUGCUGUCCUUAUUAGAGAGGUGUCCUGAUUAGGGAGGUUAAAUUGAAUGGAAAGAACCAAUUUGUGACCAAAACCAGUGUCCUUCAUAGAGAGGUUGUCCUUAAUAGAGGAGGUUCCAUUGUGUAUGAAAAUCACCAAAACUAGUGUCCUUAAUAGAGAGGUGUCUGCUAAGGGAGAUUCCACUGUACUAGUGGGGGGUUCAGAAGAAAAGAUUGGAUCAUUAGAGGUCGAGGCUGCCAGGAGGUAGUUAUAAAAUGAAUGGUUUGGAAAAUUUGCAUCUUAGGAUUUUCAUCCAUCAUCAUGUCAUAUUGGUAUUUAGCUGAUAGAUAUUAAGCUUAACGUCCUUGCAUACUGUAAUUCUUUCAGUGGUGGAUUUAGGGGUGGAUCAUAAGGUUAUAUUAUGGUUAAGCAACCAUCACCGCUUGGAUUGGUGAAAAUGUGGAAGCUGUCAAAAAGCAUUUAAAACCAUGUUUUUCGUUGUUUAAUUUGAGAUAUUUUAGAAUAGAAAUUGAUACCUCACUAUUGUUAUUGAUUGUCUCACCAAAACCACGAGGUUGGAGCUAAAAUGUAGACCAAAUCGAGGUAGACCCGAGGUGGCCAACAUUUUAGCUCCACCCGAGCGGUUUUGGUGAGACAAGCAAUAAUACCUCCAGUUCGAUGUCAAUUCCAUAAUUUGAAACUUGUUCUAAUGAAUCAAUGUCCAUAUCAUGUUUUGAACACAGCAAUUUUGGUACUUGUAUUAGAAACAUUUUGGUAUUUCAACUUAGCUCUCUUUUAUUGUCAGUGUAUUCUUUCUCUUUAUCUUCUGCUUGGUAAAUUAAUAACGUUGUGAGGUUUACAUUGCAUUGGAAUAUAGUUAUGGAUAUGUGAGCUGUAAUUUAUCAGGCCCAAAAAAUGUUUGCGUACUUUUGAGUUUGCUCUCGUUGAGUGCUUCUAUAGUUGGGCACCGAUUGGUGUUAUGUACCCUGUGAUGCAAUCUUCCAGGGUGGAGUCCAUGACAAGGUUCGGCCUCAAAACCAUGGCCACCACCUUUUGGAUAAAUAUAUCCAUAACCAUACCUGUGCCAUGAAAAUCUCACCGACUGGUGCUUCUUGUGAAAUCAAGUGAUUCUAAUUUCAUUCUGUUGUUUAUUUUGUCAUACGGCUGUUGAUUGCUGACCUUCGAUGCCUUUGAACAGAGGCGUGUUCAUGUGGGUGUAUUGGGUUUUCAGAAAGACACUACAGGGUGGCCCAGAAUUGUUUUCCCUCGCGCAAUGGUUGCACAAUAGAAUUCUAUUGUGCAAGGGAAAAUAAUUCUGGGCCACCCUGUAGUUUGAGUUACUGUAACCGGCAUAUUUUCACAAACCCAAUGCACAUGUUUGUCAAGUGUUUUUCAGAGCUGCCUACAAGGUUGACCAUGUAAAUGGGUCCAAUGUGAAAUUUGCGGUUAAAGAUUUUUGCCUUCUUCCCUUGAGUUGAAGUGUAAAAGAGGCCUGACAAAGUGUGAUAAAUAGGUCCAAAGAGGCAAGGCAAUGUAUCAAAUAUCUCUCCAAUGUGUGUGGGGUAGGCAGCUUUGGUCCUUGUAAAUCCCAACAAACCUUGAAAGUGGACACGUUUAUCAAUCUGGGACACCCUGUAUGCCCUGGACACUGGAGGUCAGUUAUCCAAUGGUCAGUCUGUGUUGAGGUAUUCCAUUCUAUUGAAAGUAAUAAAACAUUCAUCUUCAAA